AAUUAACUGACUUCCAAAAAAGAGGGCGUUGAAGUCAGUUUUAUCAAACGUAGUCUAUAAAAGAUAAUUAUAUAAAUUAAACUGAUGCAUCUAGAGACAGUAGCAACGACAACGACUAGUGUAUCAGUUCGGUCGGCUACCUGUGCAGUGCACGGCUUGCUUGCACGGGGUAUAAGACAGGCAGAGUGCAAUACAAUCGCGAGUGCUUUCCCAAAUUCAGAAGCUCGCGGCCGUGACAUUGAACGCAGUAGCAUGCCACACGCUGCCGGCUGACCGUCCGCUGUACUGGACUACACUGCAUUACUAGGUGCUGCGGAGUGGUGGCCGAGUGUCGUGUCCAAUCAGCGGACACUUUCAUUGAAAUUAUCAACUUUAUACACACGACCCGCGGCUCGUGGUCGGCCUGCAGUGUCCCGCUCGCGACGCGCCCAGCUUCACGCACAGCUUGCACUGCUGACUACUGAGAGAUGACGCGCAGGGUGCUGUCAGCGCUGCUGCUGCUGCUGGCGACGUCGGCGCCGGCAUUAGCUAGAGAUAUUACCGAUGCGGAAUACGCUCGGUUCCCGCGGCUGUACCACCUGGACGACUACAGCUCGUGUCUGGCGCGGGAGGGGGGGCUCUACUGCCUCGGCUCCUUCCACCUCGCACCGCUCGCAGACAACACGCUCUACUCCAUGCUUGAGGAGUACUCGAGGGAGCCGCACCACUUCAACCGCACGCAGCUCCACCGCGGGUACUGCGUGAGCUCGCGGUGCGGCGCGCUGGGCGAGCGCAACGUGUCGCUGCGGUUCGAGCGCUGCGCGGCGCAGUGGGCGCGGCGGCUGGGCCUGCGGGCCUCGCUGGCGCGCCUGCACUACUGCCGCUCGCACGCGCAACACGUGGCACGCGCGCGCAGCCCCGACCCGCUCGACAUCCCGCAGCGACUGUUCCUCUACGUGCUCGCCGCCCUCCUGGCGCUCAAUCUCCUCGGCACCACGUACGAUGUUGUUACCGACAACCCUAAAAAGAACUGGCUGAGCAGCUGGUCGAUGCGGUCCAACUGGCGCCGCCUCACCGCUACACACGAGGACGGAGACCCACGACUCUCCUCCCUUACACCCGUGCAGGGACUCAGAGUGUUGCUGAUGGUACUGACGAUGGCGACACACAGCGCCUGCAUCCAGGUCAUGCUGUACGUCUACAACCCGAGGUGGAUCGAGCAGAUAUCACGUCACCCGAUCCUGAUGCUGUUUCUGAAUGGUACCUCCGUGGUGCAGAUAUUCGUGAUGCUGUCCAACUUCCUGCUCGGCUACAACCUGCUCCUCUAUGUCAAGGACCACAAGCCCUCCUUUAGCUUGCUGCCGUACAUCAUCAUUAAGAGGAUAGCCAGGAUCUCCCCGGUGUACCUGCUGGUGGUGGGGUACGCGGCGACGUGGUGGCCGCGUAGUGGCGCCGGCCCGCUGUGGGUCGCCUUCACUGGAGCCGAGAGCGCCGUCUGCCGCCGCAAGUUCUGGACACACGUGCUCUUCAUCAACAACCUCGUGGACCCUAACGACAUCUGUCUCGUGCAGACCUGGUGGGUUCCCGGCGGUGGACACACAGCUGCACGUGGUGUCGGCGGCGCUGUGCGUGUGGCUGGCGCGGCGGCGGGCGCGCGCCGUGCGCCUGCUGGCGCUGCUGGCGGCCGCCGCCUGCGCGCUGCCGGGGGACUCGCUUACAUCUUCCGCUGGGAGUCCAUCGUGUACUACGCCUACCCGAAAAACCUGAACACAAUGUACAAGGACAUACCGUCAUUCUCCUGGCUGUACCAGGCUCCGUGGGGCAGCCUCGCCGCCUGCCUCAUUGGACUGCUGCUGGCGUUUGUCCACUUUGAAAUACAGGAGUCAGGAGUGAAGGUGACUUCUUUGAAGAUAAGUUGCAUGUGUUCUGUGUGUGCAGUGGGCGCAUGGUUGCGCAGACUAUACAGUGCAAGCCCGGUGCUGAUAGUGUCGUGGAUCCUGGCCGGGAACUGGCUGCGCGGGUACAGCGAGCCGUGGUUCACGGCCCUGUACGUGGCGCUCGAGCGGCCCGUGCUCAGCUUGCUCGCCGCCGGCAUGCUGCUCGGCAUGAUCAACGGGUUUGAAGGCGGGCUGAAGCACGUGCUGGCGUGGCGCGGCUGGCACGCGAUGGGGCGCAUGUCGCUGUCCGUGCUGAUGGUGCACUGGUGCAUCAACGUCAACAUCGCCGCCUCCCGCCUGCAGCCCACCACCGCCUCGCUGCUCAGCGUGGUGGUGGACUCGGUGGCGACGAGCUUCUGUUCGUACAUGGUGGCAGUGCCACUUACCAUCAUGGUGGAGAUGCCGGUGCAGAGGGUAGUGACGUCACUAAUCGUCAAUAGAGUGACCAAACAGUCGUAGCACACGAGCUCAUGUAGGAAACUAGAUUUUAUAAAAUUGUGCAAUAUUUAUGGGCGAGUGCAAUCGGUAAGCUGUGAUAUGUACCGCCUUACAUUAUCGUCAUAAUUUGUCUAGCGAGCUGAGUGGCCAGUGCGAUAUAUUCAGCUAUUCGA